AUGGCGCGGACCCCGGGGCCGGCCCCGCUGUGUCCCGGAGGCGGCAAAGCACAACUUUCCUCCGCUUUUCCCCCCGGGGCCGGACUGCUGCUGCCGCCCCCGACGCCACCACCGCUACUGCUGCUGCUCUUCCCGCUGCUGCUCUUCUCCCGGCUCUGUGGUGCUUUAGCUGGGCCAAUUAUUGUGGAGCCACAUGUCACAGCAGUAUGGGGAAAGAAUGUUUCAUUGAAGUGUUUAAUUGAAGUAAAUGAAACUAUAACACAAAUUUCAUGGGAGAAGAUCCAUGGCAAAAGUUCACAGACUGUUGCAGUUCAUCAUCCUCAGUAUGGAUUCUCUGUUCAAGGAGAAUAUCAGGGAAGAGUCUUAUUUAAAAACUAUUCACUUAAUGAUGCGACAAUUACUCUACAUAACAUAGGAUUUUCUGAUUCUGGAAAAUACAUAUGCAAAGCUGUUACAUUCCCGCUUGGAAAUGCUCAGUCCUCUACAACUGUAACUGUAUUAGUUGAACCCACUGUGAGCCUGAUAAAAGGGCCAGAUUCUUUAAUUGAUGGAGGAAAUGAAACUGUAGCGGCCAUCUGUAUCGCAGCCACUGGAAAACCAGUUGCACAUAUUGACUGGGAAGGUGAUCUUGGUGAAAUGGAAUCCACUACAACUUCUUUUCCAAAUGAAACGGCAACAAUUGUCAGCCAGUACAAGCUGUUUCCAACCAGAUUUGCUAGAGGAAGGCGGAUUACCUGUGUUGUAAAACAUCCAGCCUUGGAAAAGGACAUCCGAUAUUCUUUCAUAUUAGAUAUACAGUAUGCUCCAGAAGUUUCAGUGACAGGCUAUGAUGGGAAUUGGUUUGUAGGAAGAAAAGGUGUUAAUCUCAAGUGUAAUGCUGAUGCAAAUCCACCACCCUUCAAAUCUGUGUGGAGCAGGUUGGAUGGACAAUGGCCUGAUGGUUUAUUGGCUUCAGACAAUACUCUUCAUUUUGUCCAUCCAUUGACUUUCAAUUAUUCUGGUGUUUAUGUCUGUAAAGUGACCAAUUCCCUUGGUCAAAGAAGUGAUCAAAAGGUCAUUUACAUUUCAGAUGUCCCAUUUAAGCAGACCUCUUCCAUAGCCGUAGCUGGAGCUGUAAUUGGAGCUGUCCUUGCUCUUUUCAUCAUUGCUGUCUUUGUGACUGUCCUGCUGACUCCUCGAAAAAAGAGACCAUCCUAUCUUGACAAAGUGAUCGACCUUCCUCCUACACAUAAACCACCUCCCAUAUAUGAAGAACGAUCUCCCCCCUUGCCUCAAAAAGACCUUCUAUAUCAGACCGAACACUUGCCUUUGCAGACUCAGUUCAAAGAAAGGGAGGUUGGCGGUCUCCAGCACCCUAAUGGACUCAAGAGCAGGAGAUUGGACUAUGAAGAUGAGAGCCUCGUGGGGGAAGAUGGGAUUCAACAGAUGUACCCCAGUUACAGUCAGAUAUGCUACCAAGACCGGAGUCCUGGCAAACAUCAUCAAAGCAACGAGCCCGAGAGAGCCUUCAUCAACCCGCGAGAACAUUACGUGUGA